UGAAACAUUGACUUUUACAACUAACAAACAUAUUAGCUUGACUUUGGCUAACAAUACUUAUUGACCCAAUUUUCAACACAAGGAUUUCGUAAUUAAACUCAUUGAACCCGGUUUAGCACUGAUAUAGCCAAACCGAAAAUGUGAAGUCAUCGUCAAUCAAUCAAUAAAUUAACAGUGAACGUUUUUGUUCCAAAACUAGUGAACAAUGGCAAAGGAGAUAAAAAUAAAAUGAAAAGAGAGUAUAGAGAUUGAAGUGACGCAUAGAAAGAAGGCUAGUUUCUGAGCCUCUCUCCUCUGAUAUGUAUCCUCCUAUUCUGUCUCCCCCACUCCGUCUUGUUCCUUUCACCCUUCCCUCUCACUUUUACCAUUUUACCCCUUCCUCUCACCUUAAAGAUUUCUCCAUCUCACUCAUUUUAAAACAACUGGUCCAAAAGCUUCUUCUCUCUGUUUUGCUUUUCAAAACUUCUCGAAAUUUCACUCUCUCUGUUUAGCUUCUAAAGUCUUGCAAUUUCACUAUAGACCCACAUGAAAGUUUCUCAUUGAUGGUUGUGAUAGGCUACUGAACUCGAAGAUCAACAUGUUCACUAUUUACAAUUCUGCCCUUCCUCUCCUCCUCUUCCUCGUUUUCAUCACUCAAGAAGUCUCAUCCUCUCUUCAACCUGUCCAGCCUCCCAAUUCUCCUCAAGUAGCUUUGGUGGAAGAUAAAGCAAGAUUAGGCUCUACACCACCGAGCUGCCACAACAGCUGCAACGGCUGCCACCCUUGUAUGCCUACUCAAGUCCCCACUCUGCCGAGCCGCUCCCGUUUCACCCGAGUUGACCCGUUCUCCGGCGGUUUCGUACGGCCUCCUUCCUCCCUAACCACCGUACUUGAUCAGUACUCUAACUACAAGCCCAUGGGAUGGAAAUGCCACUGCAAUGGUCACUUUUACAACCCUUGAAACCGUCAUCAUCCUCUGGUUCGUUAUUUUUCUCAUUUUCUUUGUUUUUAGUUUAGAUUUGAUUUUGUAUUAUUGAGAGUAGAGUUGUUCAUUGUAUUCUUUGUAUAUGUACGGCUCAAUUUGUAAAUAAUCAAAAGGUCUUGUGAUUAUUUUGAAGAAGAAGAAAAAAAAACAAAAUCGCUGAUGUGGUCACUGAUAAUUGCAUUUGCAGAGAGAUAGAGAUGUAUGUAACUACUUACUUGCGUCAUUCAUUUCUUUCAACACUUUGGUUUUGUUAAAUUCAAUUAAUAUUUAAUAUAAAGUCUGUCUUCUUUGUUUC